GGCGCUCGCGACUUUGGAUCAUGUUAGUGCGCCACGAACGCUUUCUACUGGAGUGUGUCUUCUCGCGGUUGCGUGUUCUCUUCGUAUAUAAAUGCGAGGAACGCGCGUGCAUGUACAUAUAUUCAACGCCAUACAAGCUGUCGUAUUUCUUCCGUAAUAUCUCUCGGAAGGCUCUCUUCUCGUUUUGCCGUCGCCAUUUUGCCAAAGCACCUGAACGCGCGCGAACGUAAUUACCACCGAGAGGAAUGUGAACUGUCAUCGAUCUCGUUGUUGUUCCGCGUGUCACGCAAAUCGGAGAGAGCCCGCAGCUAAUGCAAACUGCUGCACCUGUACUUGCAAAAUUCUUCGCGAACCUUCGUGGUUGUGUGUUAAUUGUGUCGCAGUCGGCCGCAAAACAUUCCGCCGACGGAAAUUGGUCUCGGCUCUCCCGUUUUGUACGUUUAUUCACGGUGUUUCUCUGAACACGCGCGGUGUUUCAUCGCGAUCAGAUCGAAAAAAAAAAAAAAGUGCAUCGAGGAUGAUUCGACGGAAAUUAAACGAAAGUGCGACGUGAUUCCGGAGUUGUCUUGACUGUGUUUUGUGACGCGAAAAAGCCAUUUCCUCGCUAAAACCCUUCGAUUACUUCCGUUUUCCGAUUCCCCAUUUGUUCGAGGGAAAAAUUCCCCGACACGUUUUCGUUCAAAUUCAAUAAUUGAGCGAAUCCUCGCGCGAUCCGAUUCUUCGAAUCUUGGAUCUCUGUCAAUUUCUUCAAGCUUUGUGUUCCGUCUUAAGAAGAAGAUCUUCUUAAAAUCUCUCCGCGUAAUAGAUUUCUCUUCAAUCGCAUCUUCGUCGAACGCGAGUGUGAACGAAAAAGCGCGCGGAAUGUUGAAGAUGAUCGAUUGAUCGAUUUGGUUCGAGGUUUCUCUCUACGAGACCGAGAUCCUCCCGACGACGUUACGUCGAAGAGCUACUACCGCUCGGACAACAUCGUGUUGAUCGCGCCGUAUCGAUCGCCGAUAUAUAGUUUUCACACAGUGGACCAUGUUGGAAUUCUCUGUGCAACAUGCCGAAGUCGCACUUUCCACAGCCACCGAGGAUGUGGGAGAUGGACCCCAAGGGCACGAAAACGACACCGAUCCGUAUUCCUUGUCGCAUCUCGAUCCACCCAGCGAUAGUAUCUACAUGAUAUGCGGCGUGCUGAUCGCUAUGGUCGUAGUGGGCAUCGUAAUCGUUCUGCUCGCCGUAACGAUCAGCAAGCUGCGGAAGCGGGAAGAUCACCAUUCAAGCGCGUCCGCGGUGCAUCCUGAGGCGCCAGUGGUGCAGACGGCAACGUCACCUGUGACAAUCGGUACGUCGGCGCAUCCCGAUGAUUGUUGCACACAGAUAUCCACGGCGACAACCACCACCGACAUUUGCGACGGACACGUUUACGCCACGGCAAUAACAACCGCAACGACGCCGUCCGCUAAUCCUGUCGAACCUUUCGCGUGGCAAUUCCCACCCCCGUACCCACCCCCUCACAUGCCGUCGGCGCAAUAUGCGUUGUACAACGAUCAGGGUACCCUUGUACACGCACUACCGUCGGAUCGGCCUGGGUUCGCGAAGGGCUUCCGUAAGAAUCUUGGUGGACGCUGGCGUCGACUGGUGAAGCGGAAACCAGAGACGGAUACGUGUGCCAUUCCUCCCGAGCUGAAGGAUCAGCUAAAAACCAUCUAUGUCUAUUGACGGGCAGAAGUUUAUCUUGAAAGUCAAUCCCAAAAAAAAGUCUCCUAAAGUCAUUGAUAGAUAACCGAAAGAUCAAUUAUUAUAUAACACAAAGAGGAUUGAUGAUAAAAGGCACUAGUCAAGAGUCGAGGAAGCCGCGAAGAGGAUUGGUGAGAAAGAGAAGUAAUAAAGAUAUGAGAAGCGCUAAGUACACGAAGAGACGUAUGAAAAUAUACGAAAAGAGAAUCGAUUGAUACGUGAAAAUGUCAGCAAUAGAAAGCGUGUAAACACCGGAAAAAAGACUUGGAAAAAAAAAGGAAUUCGGAGAAGAAACAGGUCGGCAGGUUUAGGAGACGAUUUUACUGACAGUUGACAUAUCAGAAAAAGUGCCUGCGCAAGAGUGUCCGCAAAACAAGUGCCUUCUUUUAUUCCAUUAGCGACUUUCUCAUGAGACUGAUACCGCAAUACAUGGGUGCGACAAAACGAGUUACCUCGUAGCUUCUGCGUGUUUUUUUUUUUUUUCUCGCGAAAUAAUAUAGUCGACAGAUCGCCGCCGUCCACUUCGGCCAUAGUUGAUUAGUAUUAUUAACGCGCGUCGGUUGGGGUCUUGUACGGAAAGAUAUAGAGCAGCGUGCGAUCAAUCAAGCUGGCUGGAGUUUCAGGAUUCCUAAGAAUGUGUGAACUUCUAUUUUCUUUAGGUUAAUUCAAACACAUCUGUUUAAGUAACAGGUCGAAAGUCCCGAUCACGAGGAAAAAUUUGCAAAUCCAAGAAUAUUUCAAGUAUUAUAUUUAUUUAAAUGAAAUAUAUAAAUUUUUUCCCUUGUAAUCCACGUUCAUUUGUACGCAGUGUGUACGGGGUGAAUUUCUUCUUGAAAACUUAACUUGAAGUUAACGUAAAGAAAAAUGGAAUCCCCAUCAUCGUGCGCACCAUAUUCACUCUCCCAUCUCUCACAAACGAAGUUUGAUCGCUCUUCUGCUCGUUUCCGUAAUUAGUGUUGGAGAUCGCCGGCGCAAAACGCGUGUAUAUAUAAGUAAACAAAAAAAAAACAAAAAAAAAAA